GCCCAAUGGCGCUAACAAUGUCGUCAAGCUCCGAGGAGGAUUUUCUACUGGACGAGUUGUCUGUGUUGGCGUUCCUGGCGGACUGCGAGAUGGAGAACGAAGCUAUCGCAUCCGCUGCAGCGUCAACGCCAACAGAGUGCGACGCACUCGCAACUACGUGGUCCGACAGCUGCAGCUCCGUCAGCUCACCCAACAAACCACCAGUGAAGAAGUCGUGGCGACAGCGACGCAAAGACGAGGUCUUGCAUCUGCGUGAGGUCGUCAAGGAGCUCUCUGCCGAAUUGGAGCGGCUAAAACUGGCGGCAGGAGUGCAAUCCACGCUGCCAAAUGCAACUAGAACACCUAAAACAGUACACCAAACACAAGUAGGUCACAAAACAGAGGCAUCCUUGAUGUGGGAGAAGAUCGCGGGGCGGCAAUCGACACUGCGACAACGCAGCGAACAAGAGAACGCCAAGCUGCGUGAAGCCGUGACGCGCCACUUGCAACAGGCCAAGAGUCUGCAGCGAGCGAUCAAGCGGAAACUUCGAGAAGAUCUCACGUCGUCGUCGCUGGAUUUUAUCCAACGGAAUUGUUUGGAUGCCAGAGGACUGACGCCACCUCUUGACAGUAAACAGGUCUUCGAUAAGCUCCUACAGGGGAUGGACAGUGUGUAUCAGGGAGUGGAUGCGUUCUUUGAGCAUACAGGGAUGUAUACCCUGCCGUGUCCAGGACGGAGGAAUAAUACCGCCAGCAGUAGAGUCUCUAAGGGCGUCUUUGUGGAGUUUCUAGACAGCUACGCACUGCCAUUUGACGUGCAACAGACAACGAAUGCGAUCUGGACACUUGAGAAGGAUCGGACCAUCAAUGAUACGCUCUGCUUUAUGCAGAAUGGCCGAACGGUGUUCGUUAAGCGGACGUUGAUUCAGCCAGUAUACGAGGAUAUGUCCAUCUCGCUCAUUGAGACAAGUCGCCAGGUCUUGAAGCGUGGAGAUCUGUCGACGCUGGGACCCACGACGGUGAUGCAGACGCACCGCGAAGCGACACUCCACGGAGAUCUUACCGCUCUUGAUGUGACGAAAUAUCCCACAUUGGACAUUGGCGUUAAGAACUGGGAAGACAACAUCACCAAAUACAACAACAGAGUCGAGGAUCAGCUAGUCCGGGCAAUGAGUUAA